CUUGGAGAAGAAGAGGAUCAAGAAGAGGAAAGGGGAGUCCAUGGCCCUCAACGAGAAGCAGAUGCUGGAGAAGGUCAAGAGCCCGUUUGUGGUCAACCUGGCCUAUGCCUACAAGACCAAGGACAGGCUGUGCUUGGUCCUGACCAUCAUGAAUGGGGGCGACCUGAAGUUCCACAUCUACAACAUGGGCAACCUCGGCUUUGAGGAAGAGCAGGCCCUGUUCUACCCAGCGGAGAUCCUGUGCGGCCUGGAAGACCUGCAUCUGGAGAACACCGUCUACAGGGAUCUGAACCCUGAGAAUAUCCUGCUAGGUGAUUAUGGCCACAUUAGGAUCUCCGACCUGGGCCUGGCCAUGAAGAUCCCUGAGGGAGACCUGAUCUGAGGCCGGGUGGGCACCGUCGGCUACAUGGCUCCCGAAGUCCUGAACAAUCAGAGGUAUGGCCUGAGCCCCGACUACUGGGGUCUGGGCUGCCUCCUCUACAAGAUGAUCAAGGGCUAGUCGCCGUUCCGGGGCCACAAGGAGAAGAUGAAGCGGGAGGAGGUGGGCUGCCGGGUCCUGGAGACCGAGGAGGUGUACUCCCACAAGUUCUCGGAGGAGGCCAAGUCCAUCUGUAAAAUUCUGCUCACCAAAGACACGAAGCAGAGGCUGGGCUGUCAGGAGGAAAGGGCCACAGAGGUCAAGAGGCACCCCUUCUUCAGGAACAUGAACUUCAAGUGCUUGGAAGCCAGGAUGUUGGACCCGCCCUUCAUUCCAGAUCCCCAGGCCGUGUACUGUAAGGACGUGCUGGACAUUGAGCAGUUCUCCACCGUGAAGGGCGUCAACCGGGACCACACGGACGACGACUUCUACUCCAAGUUCUCCACAGGCUCCGUGCCCAUCCCCUGGCAGAACGAGAUGAUAGAAAUGGAAUGCUUUAAGGAGCUGAACGUGUUUGGACCUAACGGUACCCUCUCACCAGACCUGGACCGGAGUCACCCUCCGGAGCCACCAAAGAAAGGGCUGUUCCAGAGAAUCUUCAAGUGUCAGUACAAUUCCAAGAGUUCGCCCAACUCCAAGACCAGUUUUAACCACCACAUAAACUCAAACCACAUCAGCUCCAAUUCCACUGGAAGCAGCUAG